AUGUAUCGAGUGGUGUUCCAUUUUUUGUUUCUUUUUUUCUUUUCUAUUUUAGAUUUAUUGAUCCUCUUUUUCGUUGUCCUCUCUUUCUUUUCUUAUUUUUUUUUUUUUAAUUUUAGACUUGCAAUGUUUUUCGCUUUUUUUCAUUUGACUCUUUUUCUCUUUUUCAUUUUAUUCUUCACUCUUUUUUCCACUCUUUCUUUUUCAAUUCAUUUAACUAUCUUCUUUAAAUAUUUUUUUUUUUUUUUCACGUUUCGUCUGCCUUUUUGGCCUCUCUUUUUUUUUCAUUUGUUUUAUUUUACCUUUUUUUUUCUGUUUUUCUUUCUUCGCCAUUUUUAUUUCAGUCCAUUCUCUCUCUCUCUCUCUCUCUCUCUCUCUCUCUCUCAUACAUGCUUCUUUUUUGCUUUCUUUUUCUUCUUAUCUCUUUUAUUCAUUUUUCUUUUAUUUCGUGAUUUUCAAUGUUUCCCUUUUUUUCUUCUUCAUCUUUUUAUUCUAGGUCUUCGUUUUUGCUUAUUUUCAAUAUCUGCCUUCCUUCUUUUUCGAUUUAUGUGUCUUUCUCUCUCACUUUAUCUCCUUUUUCAUAAUAUCUCUAUUUCUCUUUCGCUUACUCUCGAUUUUUCUCUUCAUAUUUCGUUCUUUCUUUCUUUCUUUCUUUCUUUCUUUCUUUCUUUCUCCUCUAAAGGUUUGCUUUCUUUAAUUUCAUUUCUUUCUUUCUCACGCACAAUUGAAUUUACUUUAUCUUGUUUUCGUUCGUUUUUGCAUAUCUAUUCCAUUUUUUCUAACACCGUCUUUCUCUCUUAUUUCUUUAUUUCCUGUGUUCCUUUGUUUUGUCAGUCUUUCAUUUUUUUUAGUCACACAUUACGAAUCCUUUGCAUUAUUUUUCAUAUUUUCUUUCUAUUUUGUUGCUUUCCUAUUUUUCAUUUACAUUUUCUAUAUUAUUCAUUAAUUUUUACACUCCCUCUCAAUCAUUCUUUCUUUCUUUCUUUCUUUCUUUCUUUCAAUUCAGCCGUGCAUUCGUAUGGUUUGUCUUUCCUUUCUGCACUUCAGUCAAUUUCAUCUUUUCUUUUACUCUUCUUUUUCGCCCUUUCUUUCUUUUGUCCAUACGUUUGUUUGUUCCUUUAUUUUCUUUUCUAUUUUUUCUUUAACACUCCAUCCUGUAUUUUCUUUCUUUUCACUUUCUUUCUUCCUUUCACUUUCUUUCUUCCUUUCACUUUCUUUCUUUCUUUCUUUCUUUUUUCUUUCUUUCUUUCUUCCAUACAUUAA